GGGCUGGCGGCCGCCGGACCCGGAACUGCUGACGGUUCCCGGUGCUCGAGCGCGUCCGCCCCCAGGGUCGCUCCCGCUCCCCGGCCCCCAGCCCCCCGGCCCGGCCUCCGCAGCCGUCGGGUGGAAGCGGGGCGGGUGCGCCGUCCGCAGUCGAGCGGGUGCAGCGGCUGAGGCGGGACGGGCGCCGCCCUCACAGCGGCGGGCACCCGGCUGAGGACUGAGGGGCGCACGCUCGCGGCCUCUGGGUCUCGUUCAGGCUCAGGACCGGGGCCGGCAGACGCCUCAGAGCUCGAGCUCGCCGCCGAGCGUGCAACCGAAAGUGACGGAGAACGGCCUCGAGUGUGCGCCCGACCGUCAGAAAGGCCCGCAGGGGCUGCAGGAGUCGGGGCGACGGCCCGGCAUGUGGGCAGCGGCCGACCCGUGGGGCCGAGCGUCGACCGGGCGGUGGCCGAGGCGUCUGUCGUGCGGCUUUACUCGGUGAAUUUUGGGGGACACACAAACUUCAUUCAAGAACUUUGUACAGAAUUGAAGGAUGGCAGAAGCAGUGUUGAUUGAUCUCUUUGGUUUGAAACUGAACUCUCAGAAAAACUGUCAUCAGACAUUAUUAAAGAUAUUGAAUGCAGUCCGAUAUCACCAUGGUGCCAAGGCCAAGUUCUUUUGCAUAAUGUGUUGUAGUAACAUCAGCUGUGACCAUGAUAAUUGUGAAUUAGAAACAGGCAAUGGAUUAUCAGCUCUCUUGAGAGAAUUUGAGAUUGUUAGCAAUCCCAGCAUGGCUGCCUCUUUGUAUACAAUUAAACAAAAAGUUGAUGAAAGAAAUUUGAGUUGCAUUAAGGUAAUUGUGCCUGUGCACCGGAAGACAUUAAUGAAGGCUUUCAUUGAUCGACUCUUUACUGAUGUUUACAAUUUUGAGUUUGAAGAUCUACAGAUGACUUUGAAGGGAGGUCUUUUGAAACAGUCUACUGAAGUAAACAUAAUCACAUCUCAAGAACUAGAAGCAAUCCAGAAUGAAAUAGAAACAUAUUUGAGAAGUUUGCCAGCACUGAAGGGAGAAUUAACCAUUAUCACAUCUCCUUUGAUCCCAGAUACUUUCAUACAUGGAUUUACUACAAGAACAGGUGGGAUAUCUUACAUACCAACUCUUAGCUCAUUCAAUCUCUUCAGUAGUUCCAAACGGAGAGAUCCCAAGGCUGUUGUUCAAGAAAAUCUGCGUAGGUUGGGGAAGGCUGCAGGAUUUAAUGUGAAUAAAUUUUACCAAAUAAAGACUGAUCAUGCCAAUGAUGUCUGGAUUAUGGGAAGGAAGGAGCCUGAAUCUUAUGAUGGAAUCACCACAAAUCAAAGAGGAGUCACAAUAGCAGCUCUUGGUGCUGACUGUAUUCCGAUAGUUUUUGCAGAUCCUGUCAAAAAAGCAUGUGGGGUUGCUCACUCUGGUUGGAGAGGUACCAUGUUAGGUGUUGCUAUGGCUACAGUGAACGCUAUGAGAGCAGAAUAUGGCUGCAGUUUGGAAGACAUUAUUGUUGUAUUGGGGCCUUCAGUCGGACCAUGCUGUUUUACUCUUCCAAGGGAAUCAGCAAAGGCAUUUCAUAAUCUUGAUCCCGGAUGUGUACAGCUGUUUGACUCACCAAAUCCCUAUGUUGACAUCCGUAAAGCCACUAGGAUUCUUCUAGAACGGGGAGGAAUUCUACCACAGAAUAUUCAGGACCAGAACCAGGAUCUCAACCUCUGUACAUCUUGUCAUCCUGACAAGUAUUUUUCCCAUGUCCGAGAUGGCCCUAACUUUGGUACACAGAUUGGCUUCAUCUCAGUUAGAGAAUGAGAUACUUGACUGGAUUUUUGCAUAACUAUUUCCUGCUUCCUUCCAAACCAACUUUAAGAAAGAAAUGUAGCUGUUUGAUAUACUUAAAACCAAAAGGAUUACAAUGAAUAAUUCAACUUUCAUAUAUACUUUCAUUAUUAUCAAAGCCAAAUGAUUUAUUGAUUUUAACAAUAACUGACACAAAAUCAAUAUGAUAUAGUUUGUAUGUUAUACAGAUAAGAAUUAUUCUUAAAGUUUGUCCUCUGUAUUUGUUACAUACAUCAGGAAUAAGUCUAUUAAGUUUAGUAUUUACUGGGUAGCCUCUAUUUGUCAAGCAUUCUGUGAAUCAUAGAUGAAAUCAAGAUGAGUAAUACUUUUUCCCUUUGAGUCUAAUGCAGUGAAAGAGAUAAACACUUCUAACACUUAAGUUUAAUUUUAACAGCAGAAGAGUACAGGAGAAGGAGGAUUAAUUCUAUCUGGAACGCAGACUGGAGAAGGUAUUGCAGAGAAAAUGACUUGUCACAUGGAUCUGAAAGACAUAUAGACUUUUGACAAAGAACAACCAUAACAGGUUAAGGGAAUACCAUAAACUAGGGCAUGAAACUGAAAGUGUUCUAGAAAGAGGAGGGUGUGGGUAGGAGUUACUGGAAAAACAGGUUAGAAACAAAUUAGGGUCUUGACUGCUAUGUCAAAGAAUUUUGGAGUUUAUUUUCCAGGCAAAGAGUAGGCAUAGAAAGUAGGGGAGUAUUUUUAUGUCCUUGGAAUUAUAUUAACAUGAUGGAUUUGUGAGAGACUAAAGCAGAGAGAUUAAUUAAGAGGCAAUCAGAAUACUUUAAAAAAGAAAUAAUGAAGCCUGAAUGCAGUGGAAAUUAAAAUUGAGAGUAAAUAAAAUAGUAUGACAUCCUGUUCCUAGAGCGUGGAGGUGAGAGGUGAAGACCAGUGGGGAAAUCCCUGAUAACUCCCCAGUCUCUGCUUGAUGACUGUCUGGAAGGGCAGCAAAGAUGGGGAAGAGGUUUGGGACACGGGAGGAAUAAUGAAUUUGACACAUAGACUGAAGGGCUUCGAGAUGGAAAUAUGUGCUCAAUAAUUAGAUACAGAGACCUGGAACCUGGGAAGGAGCCAUGAAGAAAGAGAGAUUUGGGAGUUGGCUGCACAGAGAUAGUGCCUGGGUCUACUAGAAUAGGCUGAGUCAUCUUCACAGAAACACAGAGUGAGAAAAAAGGAGGUCCAAGGAUGAAACCUUGCACACCUGCAUUUGAAGAGCCAGAAACUGAACCAGUAAAAAAGAUUAAUCUAGAAAAAAAAAAUACAGUUAUUUUGGGGAGAGAAGCCAGCAUAAAUAUGAGAAGUACUCAAAAAGAAAUCUUCAGGGAGUUCCCUGGUGGCAUAGUGGUUAGGAUUUGGUGUUUCCACCGCGGAGGCCUGAAUUUGAUUCCUGGCCAGGGGCGGGAGGGAUCAUCCUGCAUGCUGCUGGUUGCAGCCAAAACACAAAAAUAAAUAAGAAGAAGCUAGUAGAUUACUAACUGUGUUGAGGCUGUUCUAUGGGUCGCUGUGGUGAUGAAUUUCAGUGCUUUGAGGAAGAGGAUGCACCAGUGUCAACACUGCUUUGCUAGUAUUUAUUGAAGUAAGUGAAGUCGCUCAAUUGUGUCCAACUUUGCGACCCCAUGGACUGUAGCCCACCAGGCUCCUCCACCCAUGAGAUUUUCCAGGCAAGAAUACUGGAGUGAGUUGCCAUUUCCUUCUCCAGGAGAUAUUCCUGACCCAGGGAUUGAACCCGAGUCUCCUGCACUGUAGGCAGAUGCUUUACCAUCUGAGCUACCAGGGAAGUCCAGAGGACGUAAAACACCGGGGGCUGUAUUUUGACACAAGGGGUGUAUGUGUAUACUGUGCGUGUGAAGGAGCGGGGGUGAGUAGUUUUAAGCGUAUGUGUAGGCUGAAGAGAAAAGGUGUUUUCACUUGGGGAAAAUGGUAUGGUACCUAUUUUUACCAUGAAUUUUGUCACAGUGAACCUUAAAAGGAUUUAUUUCAUACAUGUAUUUCUUACCUGAAUAUGCAGAAAAUUACAUUUGUUUGGUACUUCUCAUCCAUUACCUCAUUUUACCCUUACAGGUACUCUAAAGUACAUAGGUCAGGUGCUAUUCCUUUUGUUCAGAUGACCCUCAAUGAGUUAGAGACUGAAAUCACAUUAAUUGUGAUAAAGUAAGAUUUGAACCUAUAUGUCUUGUGACCCCAUAUCUCAUUUCAGAUUUUUGCAGUUAAUCAAAGCUAUCUAAAUUAAAAUUUUACAACUUUUUGUU